AUGGCAUCUGCCCAAGCUCCCGGAUCUUCUGCUCCGUCGUCCAACAUCAACUCCCCGACCUUACCUCCCAAUGGCGCACCCCUGCUCAAUACUCAAUUCGCCGACUUGAAUGGAAGAUCUUCUCCAGCUCCGUCUGCGCAAGGCGAUGGUCGAACCAAGCGCAAUAAGCGAGACAGUCGCAAGAAGCGUGAAGCUAAAGGGCUGGACACCGACAACGCACCACCACCGAAAAAGCGAGCCACAGCUGCACCAAGUACAGCCUUGCCCAGCUCAAAACUGAGUAUUCUGCGUCCAUUGCUCCUCGCUGAGCCCCACGAUUCGGAUCGGUUCCCUCCACAGCCUCGCCAAUUAAAUCGUGUCACCCGCAAGACGUCGGAUGUUUUGGGCCAGAGCUGGGAUUUCUACGAAGUUGUUGACAAACUCACCAACAAGAAUGGAUUCCGCUACAGCUACGCUAUCGCAGACCCCGGCUUCCCUCAUAUCAAAUAUCGACAGACCGACGUUCGCCCGUACCAUACACGAUUCAGCUUCGAGGAUUCACCAGCUGCCAUAUCGUUUUCAGAGAACGCUACUGCGGUUACCACUAGUGAUGCGUGGCAUACUGCCCGCGCCAACGUAUGUGCGCGGGAGGGGACAUACUAUUAUGAAGCUCGUGUGAUUAGUGGCAUAGUCAAUGACCCGCAAGCACCUCAGACUGGUCGACCGACAACAUCACCCCGUGGCCAUGUCCGCAUUGGAUUUGCACGACGUGAGGCCGAUCUAGAUGUGAAUGUUGGUGUGGACUGUUACGGAUACGGAAUUCGAGAUGUGAAUGGAGAAGUUGUCAAUCGCAUGCGAUGCGAGUUCUUUUUCCCCAAGGGGGAGGCUAUAAAUGAAGGAGAUGUGAUCGGCAUGCUGAUCACUCUUCCGCCUCUUUCUCUUCACAAGAAGAUUGUUGAAGGCACCUAUGACCCCGCCAAUAACGAUUCGUCGCAACCGGCUACAGCAACUAACAUCAUCCGGGAUCGGAUUCCGUUUCAUUACAAAUCGGAUUUCUGCUGGCAACAAUCCAAUGUCUUUUCUACAAAACACCUCCGGGACUACGCUUUCAACCUCAAGGAAACACCGACAUUUGGUCCCCCAUCUCCUUUGAACAGUGAAGACGCUACGUUGCGCACACUUCCUGGAUCUAGUAUCACUAUUCUGAAGAAUGGAGUUCAAAUGGGCACUCCUUUCAAGGAACUUUACGCCUUCCUACCACCCGCGAGUCGUCUUGCCAACGGCACAAAUAACCUUGGUAUUGGCGAGCGUGAAAAUGCCGACGACGGGUUGAUCGGUUACUAUCCAGCUGUGAGUUGUUACGGCGGCGGUGCGGUUGAAUGUCGCUUUGAGGAGCCGUGGUGGAUUGGCCCACCCGAGAAGACUGAAAGUGGAGAGCCAAUCCGACCAAUGGGCGAGCGUUUCAACGAUCAAAUCGCCGAAGACGUGAUGGCCGAUAUCGUGGAUGAGGUAGAAGCCAUGUUCACGUGGGGCGGUAUUGAUGGCGAUGUCAUCAAUAACAACACCGAGCUAGGCGGAGCCGGAGUCGUGGGAGGAACUGAGGUGUUGAAAGGUGGUGUUGGCGCAGCGCUUGACUCUGCACUUGCCCACACCCCUGGGACCGCUGCUGCAUCUGAUUCUGCUGCCAAUAGUAAUCGUGAGACGCCGGCUGCUGGCGAUGUCGGCAACCACAUCAUUGAAGAUGCGAUGAGCGUCGGGACAGCUGGCACUCCCAAUGUUGAAGUGCAGGCUGACGGCGAUGUCGAGAUGACAUAG